AUGUCAACAUUUCAAUACCCAAAAUUAGAUUUAAAGACACCUGUACCAUCAGAUAUAGAUAUUGCAUCAGAUGCAGUACCAUUACCAGUGUCGGUGAUUGCAAGUGAAGCAGGAAUCAAUCAAGAUGAAUUAGAUCUAUACGGGAAAUACAAAGCAAAGGUACAUCUAUCGGUACUCGAUCGUCUUGCUGAUCGUCCCAAUGGAAAAUAUGUAGUCGUUACAGGUAUCACUCCAACACCUCUUGGUGAAGGUAAAUCUACUACUACUAUUGGUCUAUGUCAAGCUUUAGGUGCUCAUCUAAAGAAACGUGUAUUCUCUUGUGUUCGUCAACCUUCUCAAGGUCCAACUUUUGGUAUAAAGGGAGGAGCAGCAGGUGGAGGAUAUUCUCAAGUUAUUCCAAUGGAAGAAUUCAAUUUACAUUUAACUGGUGAUAUUCAUGCUAUUACUGCUGCCAAUAAUUUGUUGGCUGCUGCUAUUGAUGCUAGAAUAUUGCAUGAAUCAACUCAAACUGAUGAACAACUCUUUAACCGUUUGUGUCCAGUUGCAAAGGAUGGAUCGAGACGUUUUGCACCAGUCAUGUUGAGACGUCUUGCCAAACUUGGUAUUAGCAAGACUGACCCAUCGGAAUUGAGUGCAGAGGAGGUGUCUAGUUUUGUACGUCUUGAUAUUGACCCAUCACUCGUCACUUGGAAUCGUGUGCUCGAUACCAAUGAUCGUUUCUUGCGUGGUAUUACUAUUGGACAGGGUAAAGAGGAAGCUAGAUUUACACGUUCGACACAGUUUGAUAUUGCCGUUGCAUCAGAGAUUAUGGCUGUUUUGGCGCUGGCCACUUCAUUGGCUGAUAUGCGUGAACGUUUGGGUCGUAUGGUGAUUGGUACUAGUCGUAAGGGUGUGCCCGUGUCGGCCGAUGAUAUCGGUGCUGGUGGCGCAUUGACAGUGUUGAUGAAAGAUGCUAUCAUGCCAACCCUCAUGCAAACACUCGAAGGCACACCUGUACUAGUGCACGCCGGUCCAUUUGCUAAUAUUGCACAUGGAAACAGCUCGAUUAUAGCCGACCAGAUCGCACUCAAGUUGGCUGGCGCAGACGGCUAUGUCGUCACGGAGGCUGGCUUUGGCGCAGACAUUGGUGCCGAGAAAUUCUUUGACAUCAAGUGUCGUGAGAGUGGGUUGAUUCCAAACGUCGCCGUGAUUGUCGCGACCAUACGUGCCCUCAAAAUGCACGGUGGCGGCCCCAAGGUCACGGCCGGUGCCCCACUCGACAAGGCAUACACGUCAGAGAACCUCGAGUUGUUGUCGGCCGGCACCGACAACUUGCUCAAGCAUAUCAGCAAUCUCGGCAAGUUUGGGGUGCAGGUGGUCGUCGCACUCAACCGUUUCUCGUCUGACUCAAACGCCGAGAUCGAGCUGGUUCUCGGCCGUGCCAAGGCCGUCGGCGCCCGCGCAUCCGUCAUGUGCAACCAUUGGGCCGAGGGUGGCCAAGGCGCCGUCGAGCUGGCCAACGCCGUCGUCGAAGCAUGCUCGGUCGAGCCCAACUUCAAGUACCUCUAUCCGCUGGACCUCUCCAUCAAAGAAAAAAUAGAAACCAUUGCCAAGGAAAUCUACGGCGCCGACAGCGUCGAGUAUCUUCCAGAGGCUGAAAAGAAAAUUGCGCUCUACACGGAACAGGGCUUUUCCAAGUUGCCAAUAUGCAUGGCCAAGACACAUCUCUCACUUUCCUCAGACCCAGAGAAAAAGGGUGUUCCCAAAGGCUUUGUAUUGCCCAUCAGAGACGUGCGUGCCUCUAUAGGUGCAGGCUUUAUCUACCCUCUUGUCGGUACAAUGAGCACCAUCCCGGGGCUCCCAACCAGACCAUGCUUCUAUGAAAUAGAUAUUGACCUCAAAACGGGCAAGGUCAUUGGUCUCAGUUAA